ACGAUUCCCCACAAGUAAAAUUAGCAAACCGUGCUCUACUUGCCCAAUUUAAUCAGUCAAUCUAGAGCGAGUCAUCAAAAAAGUCAGCAUGCUCAAUUUAAAAAAACAACUUAAAAGCAGAGAUGGUUUACGAAUAAAAAAUGAUAUUUUGGCAUGGCAGUACAACUUGGACUUUCUGAUAAGACAACUGGCAUUGGAUAUUAGAACCCCAGGGAAAUAAAUCUAAUUCUAAUCUAAUUCUACGCAAGCGAGUUUUAUCAAAUUUAACAUUUGUGAGGAGAAUGACAAGCUCGUUUUUUAUUUUUUAAAAAUAUAUUUUAUUUUUUAAAACGCACUGUAUUGGUUUGAAUAUAUUUUGUUUUAUCUUUCAAGCAUUAAGACAUUAACACAUUAUUUAUUUGUAUUACAUUUUUUUUUAUAUUUUAUUUUUUAGUUCACUCAUAUGGGAAAACGAUUUACUUUUUUUUUCUUAUAUAAUAUUGUUUGGAAUAAUUAAAGCUGAAUAAAUUUUUGGAAUUGCGCAACACUGGCUCAGUAUCGAGAGUUUUAAUCGGGCAAUCGGUCUGCAAAAAGUUGUGGGCUUACCGCGUGUUAUUUGGAGGAAAUAAAAUAAGAUGGACCCGGCGAAGGUUUCAAACCACGGAGUUAUUUCCCUGCGCGAAUGCCAAUGCAGAGGUCGAAACGAUCCGCAGAUGAUGAACACAGAACAUGUGACCAACUACGGGAUUAUGACCACGCGCAAGUGCCAAGGGGAAACCAAUCCGCAAACCCUUAAAUUGGAAACCUUCACAAAUCACGGAAUAUUGGUGCUACACAAAUGCCGCUGCAACUCGGAACUGCUGCAGAUCGACGAAUUGACUAACUACGGAAACGUGGUUAUCUGCAGGAGCUCCUGUAAGUUGGCCAAGAGAAAUGAGCUCAAGGCCUUGGAAGUCCCUAAAAGUAUCGGCUCCAUGGAAGAAGAUGUGACUGCUCAGAAAGCUACAGGACUUCCAUUGGAGCUUAGUGCCUCAACUAGUGUACAUAACACUCCGGAGAAAAAUUCACUCAGAGAAAAUUUAACUAAGUCCAGUGAAGCAACUUGUAACACUGAAAAUCUAAUGUGCCUGAGUGUGCCAAGGAAAAUUACCGAUCUGCCGGCGAUCACAAAAAGUAAUCCCCUAAAACGUACAAUUCACGUACUUCCACAGAAACCGUUGAAAAUCAGCCAAAAAAGCAAAGCAAAAGCAUUUCAGCAAACCAAUAUCUCGAUGGCUCUUCGAAAAGCACUACCAGUCAGAAAUAUUUGAUUUCACUUAAUGAUCCAUUAAACCACCACACACAACCCUUGGAAGAUCCGCCAAAACAACUCAGCUUGGUUCUGGAAAACCAAUCUUCUGCACGUGAUCUAGGACCACUCAAAAUAGAGGUUACUACGGUGGAGAAACCCGUACCACGUUCACUAGUUAUGU